CGGCGUGGACCGCGUCUUCCGGGAGAUCACGGCGUCCGGUUCGGAGCGCUAGUCGGAGAGGCGCGCGAGGAUUUCAGAGGCGGUGCCGCUGCCUGUUCGGACGCAGAAUGCAGACUAUUAAGUGUGUGGUAGUGGGCGACGGGGCGGUGGGCAAGACGUGCCUCCUCAUCUCCUACACCACCAACGCCUUUCCCGAGGAGUACAUCCCCACCGUGUUCGACAACUACAGCGCUCAGAUGAGCGUGGACGGCCGGACGGUCAGCCUCAACCUGUGGGACACGGCGGGUCAGGAGGAGUACGACCGGCUGCGCACGCUCUCUUACCCGCAGACCAACGUCUUCAUCAUCUGCUUCUCCAUCGGCAGCCCCUCGUCCUUCGCCAACGUGCGGCACAAGUGGCACCCCGAGGUGUCGCACCACUGCCCCAGCGUGCCCAUCCUGCUGGUGGGCACCAAGCGGGACCUGCGCUCGGACGGCGAGACGCUGAAGAAGAUGAAGGAGCAGGGCCUGGCGCCCACCUCCCACCAGCAGGGCGGCGCUCUGGCCAAGCAGAUCGGAGCCGUCAAGUACAUGGAGUGCUCUGCUCUGCUGCAGGAGGGAGUGCGGGAGGUGUUCGUGGAGGCCGUGCGCGCCGUGCUCUACCCCGUUACCAAAAAGAACGCCAAGAAGUGUGUGCUGUUAUAGUCGGACGCCACGGUGGUGAACUCGUGAACAAGCUGCGCAGGGCCGUUCUCUUCUCACGCUCUCGGUGUCUGAUUGCUUUCGCUGACUUCUUCGUGUGUCAUUACCUUGUAAAUCAGUCUGUUGAUGUUGCUUGCCUUUUUUGUUGUUGAAUAAUAACGGUUUAUUGCCAGUAGGGGUGCAAUGAUAAAUCAGUUUCUAUGAUUUUUUUUUUUAUUUUAUUUUUUUUAAGUAGAUGGCAUACGAGAGUAUGGUUAAAAAGUAGACUUGAUCUGCUCCGAUUCCUGAAAUUCUUGGGUUGAUAUUGCAAUUUUUUUAAAUUUUUUCUAUUUUUUUCAAUUUUUUUAUUUUUUUUUUUCAGCAGAUGGCGUUGUGUGUUUGAGAAACGAGCAUUUUAGUGUGUGAUUUUAAACCUAGCCUAAAGCGCCAUCUCCUGUUAAAAAAAAAAAAAAAAGCUCAAAAUCGAUUCCUUAAAUUUAAAUUUGUGGGGUUUUUUUUUUUAGUUUAGCGUAGUUUUCUGCUACGUUCCUUAGAUACAGCUCUGCUUGUUUUCAAAUCCUAUCAGACACUCAAACCUAAAAUAAUCAAUCAUAAAGUUUUCGGAAAAAAUUAUAAUAGUGUUCACAGUAGGCUGAGUUUACAUUAAUCUCGAAACAUAAAAGCAAGUACUUUUAACCAGAAUCAGUUCGCACACCCCUAGUUGCCAGGUCCACUGCACUGACGCGUGGCGUCCUGGGCGUUUAGAUAAAUGUGCAAUAUAGUGAAGACUAAGUUUAUAGAUAUCCCAACCAAAUCUUUGAUGUGCCUUCAGAAUGAUUCUUAAUAAGCGUGUUGUGUUCGAUCCAUAGUUGUUCAGCAAUAUUCCGAUAGUUUGUGUAAAAUGGAUCAUGUGGGUUGACAACCGCAGGAUAUAUUUCACUCCAACAUCAAAAAUAUACUGUUCUUGAAGAAAUUAAGAUUUUUUUUUUUUUUUUUUUUUUUAAUGCAAACAAAAAAAAAUUCCCCAAAGUCACUUCCCCAGAAACAAUGACUGAUUUUUAUUUAAUUUUAUUAUUGGUGUGUGUACUAUACGUAUGUGUAUAUAUAUAUAUGCGUGUGUGUGUGUGUGUAUAUACACAGGUAUAGUACACACACAGUAUUUGUAUAGUACUACAAAUACUGUACUGCUGUACAUUUCCAGUUAUGUUUUUACAAGUGCAAAAUGUCUUAAUUGUCCAGAUGUUUUUAAUGCUAAAUAUUAUUUUGGGGUUAAAUUUGAGCCUGAAGUUUUUGUUAAACCCAUCAUCUGAGAUUCGUGCCUUUUAUGUGUUUUUUUUCCUGAUAAAGGGCUGCGUCCCGCUGCUAAACAAGUGUUAGUACUGUUGUUGCGAUGGCAGAUUUAAGCUUUAGCCCGUAUUUUCCUCUUCAGAGACGGUCGAGCAGGUUACUCUGCAUGCCUUAACGUGAAGCCUUGUGUUCGAGUGAUCGACAGCAAACACCAAAACACUGACGAGUCUUUCCAGCCCAAAGCCCUGCCAAGCCGCACGACUGUUAUCUCCCGUCUCCUUUGAAGGCGGCCGUUUGGGUUUGUUCUUGUUUUAUGUUUGGUUGUACAUGUUCAAUAAGAGGCCUGAUGUUGUCCCUCGUGUUACCCGACAGCACUGGCCGCUGUAUUUCAAUAGCUUCAUCUCACGUACAUCAGCAUUUAAAGAUACGAGAGGAUUUCCAGCGUUGCUGUUGUCAUUAAAGUGUCUGCAUCUCAGCGUGGGGAACGAGCGAGAUGUUUCUCCUCGCUGAUAUCUUUCUGAACUGGAAGUCGUGGUUUAAACUGACGUGUGUGGAAACCUGUGACUGGGCAGGCAAUGAUUUAUAACUGAAAUAGUCAUAUGUAUAUGUAUGAAUAUAUUUUUUAAAUUGCCUCGUGUUUUUAACUUCUAGCUUUUUCUGAACUUGGCCAAAGAGUGCCUUCGGAUGCACAGAGUUGUGUGAGCGAGCAGGUGUCUGUUGUUAAAUCCGGACAGUGUCUAAUCAUUCCUUCCUUUUUGAGUUGAUUUGCCAAACUGGGUGUAAGUGUUGUGCGCCGCCGGUGGAUGACCGGUGAGCGUGAGCCGCUUCGUUUCUUCUCACACGCCGUCUGUGUGUCUAUGGUAUGUGGUACUACAUAUAUAUAUACACUGGGAACUCCAUUUUUGUCAAAAUUUGCUUUUUAUAACCAAAAUAAAUUGUAUAAAUGAACUAACCGUGAAAUGAUUUUAAAUUAUGCUAAAUAAAUUUUUACACUCUCUCUCUCGGAUGUGUGUGUGUGUGUGUUGGUCCGCUCCUGACGCCGAGUGCACACACUUCCGCUGCUGCCGCCGUGCACAAGCCACAACAAAGAAGUGAGACGUCUGAAGACGCUGAGAGCGUGUGGCAGGCCGAGUCGGGCGGCUGGUGGAGAACUCACUGCUGUCUGUUGCAGUUGUUUCCACACUUCAGCUGCGACACCGACUCGCUGCGUGUGCUGCUUAUUCUCAUGCACGCAAGUGAUGUAAAUCUACAAGGAGAUAAAGUGCUACAUAAAUGAUAAUGUGCUGCACUUUAGUGAAUAUUUCACUUGAUGUUUUCCACUAGGUGGCACCAAACACGUCCUAGGGCUUUUUGUGCAGGAUGGACUAAAUCAAUUUACUGUUCAGUUAAAUAAUAUAAAUAUUCUCUCGAGCCAGUGCUUCUGUUGCUUGAGCUGUUUCUAGAAUCUAAUCUUUGUUCACAUUUGAAAAACGAGUCAUUUGAAUAGGUUUCCCAUAGCAAUAAUUAGUAAAGUAUGACUCAUAUUUAUCAUAUUUACUGACAGUGUAUAAUAUGUUUAAAAAGGAGUGCUACUUACGCACAGCACACAUCUAAUAAUAAGCCCAAAUGUGUUUUAAUGUCUUUACCGACGAGGAUUGGGUGAUCUUUGAAUAGUUUCAGUCUUUAAAUGUCUCUACAGUACAAUCAAGUAUUCUUCAGUAUAUCUUAACCAGGACCUCAGUUUGUUUUUUUGAUUAACAAUGUAAAAUGUCCAUUUAUAUUUGAUUACUUAACACAGAUUAUUUAACAGAUGCUUUUAAUAUCUGCGCAGUGUGUGACAUCAGCAAUCAACAGCCAAUCGCAUGCCGUGAAUCAAGUUUAGCCUCAUUUGAAGCAGAGAUGUUUGAGAUCUCUACAGUAACUAAACCCUGCUUCCCAGUGUGCAUACUAUCUAGUGUCUGCCCCGGACAGUGUUGAAAAUCACGCUACUUCUUGAGCACAAGUAUGAAAGCCUUUACUUGCAGAGCUAGAGAGGCACAGCACUUCUCAUCUUCACCAGGAGCUCAACAAUAGAGAACAGGAAGCGGUUAAACGACUCGAAGACGUGCAGCGGAGGUGGAGUGUGUGUGUUUCUCUGCUGAAUGCUGGGAUAGAUUUAGUCGUGACCCUACAGAGGACAAGAGGUUUGGAGGAUUGAGGGAUUGUUGAAGAUGCAUUAAAAGACAGAAUGUGACCAAAUAUACUGAUACCCUAGUAUAGAGAGUGAACUCGUCACGCUGGGCUGGGACACACUUUUAUUCAGAAGGAUCAUCUUGAAUAAGGCAUUCCUCACCUUCAUGAAGCAGCCGCUUCUCCUCUUUGGGUUCUGUGCCACUUCAGUUUGCAGAAGCUCAGUAUUCAGUAACAUCACUGCACUGACACCACCGAUGAGAAGAAGACUGGAACUGGAUCCAGCUGGAUGAUGAAACUGUUUUAUAGCCUGAUCAAACUCAUUCAUAAUUCAUGAAGUGUGCCACGCCGACACAGAGUUAUUAAACCGAGCUGAAGGAUGACAACGCCGUCUUCUGUCUGGAUGGGCCUCUUUUACCGAGCUUAAAAAGGCGCUGAUUUAUGUUACGAGCAAAACUGCGAAUGAAACUAUGCUCUCUGUACAAGAAAAUCAAACCAGAAACUAACAAACCGAGGAAACCUGUGGCUUUUUCCCCUUCAUAACACAUGACUUGUGCCAGAGGAAACACUUUAACAAUAAUGUUUGGGAAUACAGUGGUGUGAGACCGUUAUGAUAAAUGAUUAUCAGGCAUUUCAAAAUGAAUAAUAUAACAUUUGAGAUGCUGCGUGAAGUUAUCCAGUCACAUGACCUGUCUGUCUGCCGUGUCUUUUUAUCAGAUCAAGUAUAUAUAUACCGAAUAGGACAUGUUUUCAUGCACUUCCAUGCAUUUUUUAAUUGUAUUUGAAAAUGUGUAUAAAAACAGAUGCACACAUA